AUGCCUCGUCAUCUAAUUAGUGACGCGCAUGAAUGGAUUAACGAGAUCGCUAUCUAUUAUCUAGCCAAACCACAGCCAAGGCAACGGGCUUGGGAGAAUCAGCGGGGAAAGAAGACACUGGCGGGAAAAGAAGGUGAUGACGAUUGGGCACAGGCGGGUGUCUCGGUGGUGGGUGUUUUUGUUUUGAGAUUGGUAGUUAAAAAGAAAUUAACCAUAAACGCCUCAUGUCGGUACUCG